AACAGAGUUCACAUAAGAUUCACUCACUUCACUUACUCUGUUUCCAUGCUUCCUAGUGUUCAAACCGCUAUAACUUCACAUUCUCUAUUCCCUCUUCACAAAAAUCUAUUAUUCCCCUUCGACUGACAGACACACGUGUACUUUCUCUAUCAACACUUUGAGAAAUGGACUCAUUCAGUUUCAACAACCUUCAGGCAGAGAAAGCCAACGCAAUCAUAAAACACCGCAAGCUUCGAAGGAUCACAAGCUUGUUACGCUUCGUGGAGGUGUGUGCUGUUUUGCUGUUGAUUUCAAGGUUUUCUCUGAAGCUACCAGUUGCAGUAAAAAGCUCCAGUGAAUACUUUAGGGACUUGUCACUCUUCAUGAAUAGUCCUCGCUUUAUUUUUCUCAUUGGAAACGUCAUCAUCAUCACACUCUUCGCUCAGUUCUCUGCUCAGGGUUCUGAAAGAAACGUUCCAGAAUCUGAUCUUUAUCAAGAAUUCAUCAAGAACACGAAGAAUCAAGGAGACCCAGAAAAGCAGAAAAUAAAAACAGAGGACGUAAUCGAUGAAGACAAAAGGAAAUACCCAGAAACAGAGAAACAGAGGAUGAAAACAGGGGAAGCGAAUAUUGGUUUGGAGAAGCGUUACAGAAGGUGUCAAACGGAGAUUUUAAGUGAGAAACGACGUCGUGUGCUACGUAGGUGUGACACCGAGAUUAAUAAGAAGAGCGUUGAACGUGAACGCGAUUCUCGUAAGGACGUGGCACGGAUUUGUUACCCUGAAGAUAAAAUGAGCAACGAGGAGUUUCGUCGCACUGUGGAGGCUUUCAUUGCCAAGCAACAGAGGAUGCAAAGAGAAGAAGAUUAUCAUUUAGUUUAA